AUGUCGGAUAGCUCCAGCCAGCGCCCGACAACUGUGAAGCGAUCGCGAAAGUUCGCGAGAUCCAGGAACGGCUGCGAGAACUGCAGGAGUCUGAGAAAGAAAUGUGACAAGUCGCAGCCAGAGUGCGGCAACUGCGUCGCCCGCAAUGUCCCGUGUCCCGGGUAUCACAAGUCGUUCAAGUGGUCCGAGAAAUACCAGUCGCACGAGAUCUAUAAGCAAGAUCGGGGUGCGCCGUCUGCUCGGAGGCGUAGAUCGCCAGUGCCAGGCGUGACAGUGUCUCAGAGCCCAGCUCGCGUGCCUGAGGUUUAUCAAAAUGACCUCUCGCCUCUUCCUGGUCAGGGAGUAUUCAACGCCACACAUGACUUAAUAAGGGAUGCGACGACUCAAAGCCAAUCUGCAGAGCUUGGUAUGGUAGCUCGAAUCGGCCAAGAACAGGAAGGACACCGAGUCUGCGAUACCCCAGAUAAUGGCUCGUCGAACCAACUAGAUGAUGCCGACAUCCAUGAAGUAACACGCGCGGUCUCCCGUCCAAUACAUAACGCACAUUACCGCCAAUCCCGAGCCUUGUUGCAGCGGUACUAUGGCAUAUCCCCUUUAAUACCACCCCAGCUAUUCAGCCACGAGGGCUCCGUGCUCGUGGAGCACUACUUCAAAGACGUUUGCGGCCUGUACUCGACCUUCGACUCGACACUCAACCCGUUCCGGUCCAGCGUCGCCCGCACCUGGAGCAACUCGGCCCCGGUCUACUACGCGAUCCAGAGCAUGGCCGCCGCGCACCUCAGUAACACCUACGCGACCAUGGAGAGCAUCGGGCUGGACAUGAAGCGCAAGGCGGACGCCGCGCUGCAGGAGGAGCUGCGCCUCGUCCAUACGGGGCGGAAGAACACCGACUGUGCACUCAUGGUCACGUUGCUGCUGGGCCUGUCGGCCUGCUGGCAUUCGGCGGGAGACCUGGGCCUGUCUUAUCUUCGCCUCGCCAGGCUCCUCGUUCAGCCUCGGCUCAUGUGCACUGAGUUUAAGACCGCCGAGGCGGAGAGGCAGGACCAGUUCUUCGUUGAGUCCCUCAUCUAUUGGGAGAUGAUGACGGCUUUCGUUACGCCACCAACGGAUGGCGACUGUCAACGCACAACAGGCGUGGUCGAAGACGAGAGCAAUGCGCCGCCCCUUGCUGGAGCCGCGGACCACCGUUCAGCUACGCAAAGCAUCCUUCCCCAUCCAUGGACCGGCGUCGGCUCCAGGGUGCAGAUACUGUUUGCAGAAGUCGCGAGGCUGGUCCGGGCAGAGAGGACGGCAGCUGGCGUGGACUUCUUUUGGCUUGGAGACGAUACCCAGAACUCAAGGCGGAGAAGAAGGGUGGCGUUCAAGUUGGAGGAAGAGCUCCUCUCCCUGGAGCACCCGCAAGUGACGCGGCUCAUCGACCCCGGGGAUCAAAAGACGAGGAAGGAGGAUUUCAUUACGGUCGCGGAAGCUACAAGAUGUGCGGCCUUGUUGGAGCUGUACCAGGUCUUCCCGGCAAUCCUUCGAAAACGAUUGUCUCUUAAAAGCACAGUCCCCACAGUACCAGAGAUGGAUAGGGAUUGUGCCUGGUCCAAUGUCUCGAGCACUACCAAGAAUGAAGGGACGGCCUUCCUGACCUCGCUCGCGAUCCACACCCUGAAGCUCGUAGCGCAGCUGGACGACGACUCGGGUACACGGUUUCUGCAGUUGAUGGUUAUCGUCGUGGCCGCGACCAAACUGCGGUUCGUAUCGUCAGCCAUGAACCUUGACUACUUGGACCUGUCUCCCUCGGAUGACAACCUCGAUUCGGACACCAUCAUCAGUUCGAGGCGGUUCGCUGAGGGCAGGCUGCGCAGUCACUUGUCCCGGCUGCCGGCGAAGCCAGUCCGGAGGAUCCUCGAGUUAGUGAGCGAGGUUUGGCGCCGGCUGGAUCUGGGCGAGGAUGUGUUUUGGCUGGAUGUCAUGAUUGCGCAUCGAUGGGAGACUAUUAUGGGGUAA